AGUAUUCCUUCAUCCAGCUUGCCGAGACACUCUCUUCCCGGUUUCAUCCCCAAUGCCGACAUCCGUCGAGAGAUUUAUAUAAAUAGAUAAAUAAAAUGUUCCUCUAUAUCUAACUGUAAAAGCACUUAUAUUUUACGCUGUAAUUUUCAAAAUCAGUGAAUAGGAACAAUAAAUAGAUUUUAGAAUAAAAAACAGGAAAAUAAAAUUUAAGUAGGUGCGUGUUUAGAGACCAUUUAUGAUAGAAGUUGAUUGGUACGAUUCAGCUUAAAAAGUCAAAAAACCUACGUCCCAGUUGGCACUGAAUUUAAUACAACAUUGAUCCAGUUUACAGACAACAUACCUGUUUUUAGAUUCUCGAGGAUAUUUUUCGGAUGCCCCGUCUAGUUAAUCUUACUAUUAACUUCGUAUUGCUGUUUCAUGGUUUACCAGUCAACCAAAGCUCUUCGUAAAGUUCAGCGUCAGAUGAUAUAAUGGGCUACCCUACCCGCAAAAUGAAAAUAAAAUUUUCGAAAGCAAUAAGUGGAAAACUUCAAUUGGCUAACUUAGGUCACACUAUAUGCCCUGAAAACUUCAGCAAUAUAUUCAAAAUGUCACUAACUUCAGUUUACUUCCUGCUAUUCAUGAUUCUCCUAACAUCAUUGGAUAGUGCCUCUGCUGGUUCAGCUGGUUGUCCUGUAGGAUGCAUUUGUAAUGAUGAUACCUUUGUAGUUCAAUGUGAAAGAAGUAAACUAGACGUUAUACCUAUAACCCUUAAUCCGGCUAUACAAAGGCUAGUUUUGAGAACCAACAAAAUCAAGACGAUAGAUGCGGCUUUCCAGUUUUACAAAGAACUUCAGUAUGUCGAUCUCUCCAACAACCAUCUAGUGAAUAUUCCAAUGAGGAGCUUUAUUAAUCAAGAAAAACUGCAAGAAUUACAUUUGAACAAAAACAAACUAUCGUCUAUAAAUAAUAAAACUUUUCAUGGUCUAAAAUCUUUAACGGUACUUAAUCUUAGAGAAAAUUUUCUAGAAGAAUUGCCUAAAGGUUUAUUCUCAAUAUUGCCAAAACUCGAGGAACUAAAUUUAGGGCAAAAUAGAAUUUCUAAAAUAGAUCCAUUGGCUUUUGAUGGACUAUUUAGCCUAAGAGUUCUUUAUUUGGAUGACAAUUCACUAAGUUCUGUACCAACACAUGCUUUUUCCGUUUUGGGAAGCCUAGCAGAGUUGCAUGUGGGCCUCAAUGGUUUUACAUCGUUACAAGAUGACGCCUUUAGUGGCCUAGGAAGACUUUCUGUACUAGAUAUAAGUAGUGGAGGAUUAUCUAACAUUAGCACUGAUGCCUUCAGGGGUCUUACUGGACUAAGAAGCUUGAAUUUGGCAGAUAAUAGAUUGCAGACUAUUCCUACCAUACAAUUGGCACAUUUAGCAAGAUUAGAGGAUUUAACAAUUGGCCAAAAUGAAUUUGUUCGACUGAAAAAAGGUGCUUUCAAAGGAUUGACGAAUUUAAGGAAAAUAGAUAUAACAGGAGCCAGUAACCUAGAAUAUAUUGAAAAAGGAGCUUAUAGCGAUAACUUGAAUCUGGAAACAAUAAUUUUAGUUAGCAACAAGAAACUAACGACACUUGAAGAUGGUGCUCUUGUAGGUUUACCUAACUUGAAGCAUUUAGUACUCCGCGAGAACAAUUUUCGAACACUUUCGGAAUCGGUAACUAGUUGGAACGAACUGCGAGCUCUGGAACUCACCGAUAACCCAAUAAACUGUGAUUGUCAACUCUUGUGGCUAUUAAUCUCUAUAAACUCCAAGAACAUCACAAACGUUCAAUGCCAUGCUCCAUUACAACUUCGUGAUAGAUCUUUAAGGACAUUAACUCCUUAUGAUUUGGGGUGUUCGUUUCGAGAUAGUAGACAGCAAACGAUCAUCAUAACUUUUUGUGUCAGUGCUACCAUAUUUAUCGGAAUUUUAGGGUUAUUUCUUUUUCGUUAUCGCCAAAGGGUGGGUGAAGCUCUCAAGGAUUACAAAUGGAACAAACGAGCUAUCAGCAGAAAGGAACACGAAUACCAGAAAACUUUCUCUGAUGAGGAUUACAUUACACGUUCUGGCCAUCACAAUGUCAAACCUAUACCGGUGACGGAAUUGUAGCUAGAGCUCAGCGCGCCACCUUCUGGGGUUUUCUGUUUAGAUGGAGAGGGUAGGCGUGCUGCUAGGGGCCCUCGGGGCACCUUACCCGCCACUGGAUUCACCUAUAUUACUGGUGAUACAUGCCGAGCUCAUUCUCUUCGAUCACUCAAAGAAACAAGAAAUGGCUUACCAAAAUGCCAUGUGGAUUUGUACCAGCAUUAGUGCACAUGGUUGAGAAAGUACGAGCAAUAAAAAAUUGAAUCCAUUCCAGUGUGUGAUCUAUCGAGUUUAGAGACUGUAUAAUAGUUGCUAUAAUAUAUUUUUGUUGAUGCGACUGACGUAAAUUCAUGUUAGAUAUGAGUUCUAGCCCGCUAUAAUGGAAUGCUCAAUUUAUUCUAUGACAAAACCAAAGAUUUCAAUAUUAAGCAUAUUCCAACAAUAUGAAUCAAAUAAAUGUGAAUGUAUCACUACAAGAACAUUUCUGACUGAUUAAUGUGAAAGACAUCUUCACCAAAUAAUUUAAAAGUUCCAACCUAUAUCAUCCAUAAAAACAGGCUAAAACUUUAUCUUUCAUGUAGUUUUUUUUCAUAAGCAAUCUGUGAUAUAUUAUUAUUAAUAACUGAUUUAUGAUGAGUCCGUUUAUGCAGACAGAACAAACUUAAUUUAAAUUAUUACUAGAUAGAACUUUUAAAUCGCCUCUAAUUAUAGUCUGCAUCAUUUUGUCUUUUAUACAAUGUAUUGAAAGAAGAUAAUCUAGAUUAGCACAAAAGUUUUUUUUUUCUUUACUGUCUAUUAUAUUUUAUGAACUGGGUUUGGCAAUUUAACAAUUUUAAUUGACGAGUUCUGUAACUUUAUGAAUUUCGAUUUUAUCAUCAUUCUAUUGUAAUUCUGUAUUUAAAAUACUUUUUAUUACCCACGCCUUAAUACAUAUUGUCACAUUGUCCUGGUCGAUUGCGUUAUUGUGAUUUUUGUGAAAGUACAAUAUUAUUUGCUCUUUAAAUGUGUGGCUUUCUCAACAACUGAAUUCAGAUAUUCAAUGCCUUUCAAAUAUGUAGCGUCACUUGUUUUUCAAUCAAAAGAUUUUUUCCUCAUGUUAUCUUCUAUCUAUCUAUCACAGAAUCAGUUAAUACACACGCACUUUUAGUUAGAACACUAUGUACAAUGUGCUGUUUGUUACAUGGUUCAAUUUUUAAUAUUUGAUUCAUAUAAUUCUAGGUUUAUGCGGAAUCAAGUUCACUUAUUCCUUUAAUUGAUUUAAAGUAUUUAUUUCAUUUUGAGCAUUAUAUAUAAUAAUCAUUCAUAUUUACCAAUAUUUAUUCAUUUUAUGUGGUAUAUCCAUACUUUAAUAACUUCUCUUAGCCCAUGUGGAUUCAGGAUUCCAUUAAGUUUUUAGUAAUCAUUUUAUAUUCUAUUGACAUAGAUGUUGAUUGUGUAUCUAUGUCCUUGUGUUAUAUUUUGUAACUACUUAUACAGAGUGUUUUUAUAUAUUUUAUACAUUAUCUAGUUCAUCAGUUCAAGGAAUUCAAUUCAAACAUCGAAUUGUUUUUGUGGAUUUGAGUCUAUUUCUGUAUGUAAGUUCUUUGGAGCAACUAACUUUUGAUUUAUGAUACAGUUGAAAUGAUUCACUUGUAUUGGUAAAGAAUUUGGUUUUGAUUUCAUUAUGUACUAAAAACAUUUAUAACUGUUUGCAUUGUUUGGAGCCGAGCCACACAAUGUAAUUGAUUUGAUUAUUUGAUAAAUAUUUUAAUAAGCUCGUCACAAAAUAAAUUAAUGUGUCAACGUUAGUUAAUCUUUUAUUAAUUUAAUUAAUAUUACAUUUUACGUCUUUCUGUGAAACUAGAUCAUCUUCCUAACACUAUUGUUAUUGUUAUCUAUGACUCAUUUAUUUCUCAUAUACUUACUUAAAUUGAAAAUUUAAUUAUCACACAUUUCUUAUGGAAUGAAACAUUUCAAUUGGUAACUACUAUACAAGAAAUUCUUUAUUGGCAAUUCUGUAUAAUUACAAAUUAUGAACUCAAAAAUUAAGAACUGUACCCUAGCAAUAAAACUAUCUGGUCGAACAAAUGAUAUUCUAAAAUACCUAUCUUGCUGUUUUGAGAAAAGAAAACCAUCAGAUUAGAAUACAAAUGUUUACUAACUAUUUUACCAAUAAUUUCAUAAUUUACUAAACCUACACAAUUGGAAUCUUAUAUCACUACUUCUAUAAUUUAAAAACGUUUUCAUAUCAACAGCAUCUUUGAUCCUAUUUGGUCUAUAUUUGACUUAGAUAUGCAGAGUACUUGUUCUGUGAUUAGAUUCAUAUAAUGAAUUAUCACUAAAAGAAAUUUGUAGUGAAUUAAAAGAAAUGAUGAUCUUUAGUGCCCAGUUUUUGUGAGUUUCCAAUUAGGAAUUCUUGUAAAGCAAAUACCUGUGGGUGAACGAAAUGGUCGGAAAUAUUCGUUAUAAAAAAUAGUAUAAUACAAGAUAUAUGUAUUAUUUUUAAUGGCUGUAAAGCUCUUAUAUAUAUAUACGUCAUGUUCUACUGAUAGUUAAUUUGAUUCAGAUGAAGAUAUUUGUGAUAUUUUGUGACUACAUCUAAUAAACUAAUUCACAAUUUCCUUUCCAAAUUUUAAUAACAUGAUUACUUUUCAUUAUGCUUUUCUUGAAAACUACAUUCAAAUAAGUGUAAUAAUGUAUUUGUUCUUUUUGAUUUCAAAAUUUUCGUUAAAUUGUUCUAGAAUGUAUAUACAAUUUUUUAGUUUAGAUUUUAAGAUCAUUGGGUAUUCAUACAGAUUUCGUAUUUUCAUUGGAAUUGAAAAUACUAAAAUCGGUGUACAUACUAUAAAAUAUUUCGACAUAUUUGUAUAUAUUCCGCCGUGUAAAUGAAUAUAGUAAUUUAUUCUAAUAAUGGAAACUAAUUUGUAAAUAAAAAUACUGCAUUCCGUUUUCCUAAUCACGUCUAAGAACGUUUUUGGAGUAAUUAUAUGAUGGAUAAACGUCUUAAUCGGAGUGGUAGUUUUUUUAACUUCAUAUAUUCAUAUUAAAUGUUAAUAUUUAUCACAUGUAAUAGAGGAAACUGUUUCAUUGCAUUUUACCAAACUUAAAAAUCCAAUACAGGAUGAAUUUUAUAUAAUAGUUAUUUUAUGGAAAUAUUUUUUAGUUUAGUCUUCAAUAUUGUUUUUAACACAUAUCCAGUUACUUUGUUUUUAUGCUUACCACUUUAGACUUUUAGACGUUUGUUGACGAUACUUUUGUUAAUUCCUUUUCCAUUUUCUAUUCGACAUGAUUCUAAGCUAGUCAUAAUAAAUUAUUGAGCGAGUUUCAGUUGAGAGUGAGAUCGAAGUAAAUUUUAUAUUGUAAAUAAUGAAUUAGUGUUUUGUACAUAUUGACUUUAUCUUAACUAUAUAAAACCUACUUAUUUACAAUAAAUAAAUCUGAAAAAUUAUUUUGAGCUUUA